AUGUCCGCUCCUACCGACAUCGAAAAGCCUACCGGGCAGCGGCUCGCAAGCCAAUACAAAGUCAUUGAGAGGAAAGAGCUCGAGAGAUCACAAUACCCAUGCACACUUAAUUCGUCGUCUGCAUCCAUUCACGAUCUCGCCUACCACCAAAGUAUCCUAGGCAAUGAAGACAACUUCGCCGAGCAAACCACCUGCAGUAUCUUUGAUGUGAAUGGAGACGGGGUUGGCUUUCUGAAACCUGAGGUUCACGAUGACGAGCUUCGUUGCUACAUCCAAGCAUGGACAACUGCUUCGAUUCUGCUCGCAUUGACUAACAGUCGACUAGAGUCCAAUGCUCCACAAUGCUACUCGCAUUAUGUGGGUCCAAACCAUGUGAUUGUCUACCAUGGCUUCUUCACAUCCAAGCAGCAAAAGGGCACAACAUUCGCCUCGCAGAUAUCUCUGAGCCAAACUCUGGCUCGAGAACUCCUCCACACAUUGGAGGUGUCACCACAUUUCGUCCCUUUGCUGCUUGCCGAGCCAGAGUAUGCAGCCCCGGGUACCUAUCACGGCUAUGACCCCACAGGACAGCUCUUCAGGCAAGGUAAUGCUACUCGAGAGGAGCCGUACUAG